GUUGGGGAUGAGAUGAGGUUCCUAAAGCAUGGGGCACACAGUAUAUACAACACAAGACAAUUCUUCAUCCUUAUUUAGAAAACCAGAGAGAAUACUCUGAAUUUCUUCCUUCACAUAUUAUUUUCCCAAUUAAUCAAAUAAUUAAUCAACCCCCUUUUGAAUUCAAUUCAACAAAUAUUACAAUAUAUCAAAACCAUGAUCAUACCCACAACUAUGUUACUCGAAUCCUACCCUUUCCAGUUGAAAUUGAAGCAAUUCCCUUUCCCUCGACACCGUUUUCACACUCACACCUUCACAACUUCAAUAUCAAUACCCAACACUAAACAUAACACCGUCAAAUGUCACUUAACCCCCCUAAAAACCCCGUUCUCAUCAAUCUCUAAUUCCAAUUCAAAUUCCAAUUCCAAAUCCCCGUUAGAGUCUCUCGCAACCGCAAUAUGGAACACGAUACGAAAACCCGCAAUUGCCGCGGUUAUAAUUGGGAUUCUAUUGAUGUACGAUCCAAACACUGCAUUAGCAGCAUCUGGUGGUAGAAUGGGUGGAAGAUCUUUUUCUUCUUCUUCUUCUUCUUCUUCGUCUUCAUCGUCGAGGAGUUAUUCGGUUCCUACACCGACCCCGGGGUUUUCUUACUCUGCUCCGUAUUAUGGGCCUUCUCCGUUUAGCGGUGGGGUUUACUUUGGUCCCGCCGUUGGGGUUGGUGUUGGUGCUGGGUCCAGUUUCUUUCUCAUAUUAGUGGGUUUCGCUGCUUUUAUUUUGGUUUCUGGUUUUCUUUCGGAUCGUUCUGAGGGUAGUGUUCUCACUGCGGCUCAAAAAACCACCGUCCUCAAACUUCAGGUUGGGUUGUUAGGGCUGGGCCGUUCACUUCAAAGGGAUCUGAAUAGGAUUGCCGAAGUUGCAGACACAUCAUCUUCAGAAGGUUUGAGCUACGUAUUGACAGAGACAACAUUAGCUUUGCUUCGGCAUCCUGAUUAUUGUAUCUCGGCAUAUUCAUCUGUGGACAUAAAGCGGGGUAUAGAAGAUGGGGAGAAACGUUUUAAUCAACUUUCAAUUGAAGAACGGGGAAAAUUUGAUGAAGAGACGCUGGUCAAUGUUAAUAACAUAAAGAGGCAAAGCACGAGAAGCCAGAGAGCUAAUGGGUUCAGCAAUGAAUACAUAGUGAUAACAAUCUUGGCAGCUGCUGAAGGAGAACAUAAACUUCCUAGCAUCAAUGGAAGUGGAAAUCUGAAGGAAGCUUUACAAAAACUGGGAUCCAUUCCUUCAAGCAAAUUAUUAGCAGUUGAGGUGCUAUGGACCCCACAAAAUGAGAACGAUACUCUCUCAGAACGGGAAUUACUCGAAGAUUACCCACUUUUGCGACCUUUGUAAAUUGCAAUGGUCUGCUUGCAUUCUACUUCCGGCCUUCUACAAUUAUGAGCUGUAAUCGGGUUGUGAUUGUGUAUUUGAGGAUAUCAUAUGUGGUAAUGGUAAUACUGAAAUAAUAAGCAUUAAAACCAUUGAAUCACUGAUAUUAUCCUGCUACUCAAUCUGCAAGGUUAUACAGCUGCGGCCAAUGUCAAUAUGACAUUGUGUCAACUAUAUAAAGGUCCGAUCAUAAUCAUUGGUGAUAUUAGUUGUACAGAUUACCCAUUAGGAUAUCCUCUAAAGAAUUUGUAUCAUAUUAUAGAGAAUUAUUUUUUCGCCUUAAUUCGAAAUAGUUGUCCAUUCUGUUUAGAAA